AAAGUUUGCGAUUCGUUUCUUUAUCUAUUAAUAUUUCGUAAGUCUAUGUACGAAAACAUAUUCGAAGAUGGCGUCGCUCAUUGACAACUACGAACAACAAUACGCUGUUUUGACAGCUGACAUCACUGCGAAAAUUGGGAGAAUAAGAGUUCAAAGCGGUAGUGAGAAAAGAGCAUUUAUUCAAGAUGUUGAUCGGGAAAUCGAAGAAGCACAAGAAUUGCUUGAGCAAAUGGAAUUGGAAGUUCGUGGGAUGAGUGGAAAUGCCCGUGACCGUUUACGUGGUCGUGUGGAAAGUCAUAGGGCAGAAUUAAAACGAUUAACGCAAGAAUUUCAGUCAGCGAAAAGACCAAAAGAGGAUGGUAUUGAUAUAGGUGCGGAAGAGUCAUGGGAGAGCAGUGUAACAGAAGAUCAAAAGAAAAGAUUAUUAGAUGCUUCUGACAAAAUAGAUAGAACUGGAAGAACAUUGCAGAAUGGUUAUCGCAUGGUAUUAGAGACUGAGGAAAUUGGUUCGCAAGUUUUAAAAGACUUACAUGAUCAAAGAGAAACGAUACAGAGAGGUCGAGGAAGGUUACGAGACACAGAUGCAGAACUAGGACGUGGAUCUCGCUUAUUAUCAGGGAUGAUUAUGCGAAGUCUUCAACAAAGAUUAAUUUUAGCAGUAGUAGCUUUAGCAUUAAUAAUAGUAAUGUGUUUUGUGGUGUAUUAUAGUUUUAAGUCUAAGAGUUAAGAAAACAAGGAAAAAAGAAAGAAAAAAGAGAACAAAGAAACAAAACAAAAAGCAAAUAUAGGGCUUUGUGUUCAACGGAUCGAUUGUAAGGCAUAUUUAUAAUAAUUAGUAAAUUUGCGAUAUUAUUUUUACCAAAUGCAACACAAUUGUUAAUAGAUAAUUAUUAAAUUAUAAAAAUUACACGCGCGUACGUGGAAUGUCGUCUUAAUGUAAUUCCAUUCUUCUUUUUUUCUUUUUUUUUUUUUUUCACAUUGCUUAUAAUAUUCUGCGCGCAAUUGUUAUUUGAUAUUGUAUCGAUAGUAAAUUAUAUAUCUCAGAAUUUCUUAUAUUUAUGAAUGUAUACAAUAACAAAAAAGUUCCAACCAUA